GUACUCGUAAUUCGUAUUAUAUUAUCGGUUUGUCACCAUUAUCGAACAAUAACCUCUACCCGUAUUUUCUGUUAAAUAAUCUUAAAUCGGUAAAAUCGACGCCUGAUGAUAUCGUUCGACGUUCAGUACGAGUUUUGUCGUGGUUAACACCGUUUUAUUACUCAGGUUAAUUUUUUUUUGGUAAUUUAAUAUAAAAAUGCCAAAAGUAAAAUGUUCAACAGUGAGUCGACUACGUGCGUUUGUACAAGAAUUUGGACAUAAUAUUUUUUCUACCGACGGAUUGGUGUUAUUCUGUAAAAUAUGCAACGUAAAAGUUACUGCUGAAAAACGAUUUGCCGUACAACAACAUUUGUCAAGAGAUAAACACAUCAAUGGAGUAGAACGGAGUAAAUCACAAAACGAAAAAAAUAAUACACAAAGUUUUAUUACAGACGUACCAAACAGGUCGGAAUAUUUUUUAGAUUUAACUCGUACAUUUUUGUCAUGUAAUAUUCCGUUAAAUAAACUCGAAAAUCCUGCGUUUUCUAAAUUUUUGGAAAAAUAUACCAAUAAACAAACGCCUGAUCGCUCCACAUUACGAAAAAAUUACGUCAGUAUAUGUUACGAUGAAACGACGGACGCCAAUGGUCGUUAUAUUGCCAAUAUUAUGAUAGGUAUAUUAGAAGUAGGUAACAUAGGUAAAAUGUUUUUAUUAAAUUCAGAAGUAUUAGAAAAAACUAAUCACAGUGCAAUUGCCAAAGUUUUGGAUAAGUCUUUAUCAAUAUUAUGGUCACAAGGAAUAAUACACGAUAAUGUCCUUUUAUUUUUAAGUGACGCUGCUCCGUACAUGGUAAAAGCAGCCACAUCGAUUCAAACUUAUUAUUCGAAAAUGAUACAUGUUACAUGCUUGGCGCACGCCUUGCAUAGAGUUGCCGAAGAAAUAAGAAUACAUUUUCCAAAUGUUGACGAAUUGAUAAAUAACUACAAGAACUUACUGGCAGACAACAGAAUAUCAUUUUUAUUUGAAAAUCUGAAACAAGCUCUCGUGGUUCAGUGUAAAAGUUCAGAAUGUACAGAUUGAACGAAGUCCACGUCUAUGAGAUUAAGUCUAUGUGUAC